UCGGUUUUUCCGCUUUUAAAAAAUAUCCCCUCAAGUUCACGAAAUCCCAAACUCGACGCGCCUCGGACGAGCGAACGGCGUUCCGAGGGACGUCAAACGGAGGGAGACGGAGCGGUGAAAUCCGGCGGAUCGUCGUCUCGUACGUGGUGAAGGCUGCAGAGCUGCUCCCACACCUCACUGCCCCGGGUCUCACUGCUGGAGCGACACGCGGCGGGACGACGCCAUGACGGCCCAGGAUGACUACGAUGAGCUGCUCCGUCUCUACGAGCUCAGGGAGACCAUCGGCUCAGGUGGGUUUGCCAAGGUAAAGGUCGCGCGUCACCUGCUCACGGGGGAGAAGGUGGCCAUCAAAAUCAUGGACAAGGCUGAGCUUGGGGAUGAUUUGCCACGAGUGAAGACCGAGAUAGAAGCCAUGAAGAGCCUGAGCCACCAGCACGUGUGUCGUCUCUACCAGGUGAUCGAGACAAAGACGAAAAUCUUCAUGGUGCUGGAGUACUGCCCGGGCGGGGAGCUAUUCGAUUACAUCAUCGCGCGGGACCGCCUGCCCGAGGAGGAGGCACGUGUCUUCUUCCGGCAGAUCGUGUCGGCCAUCGCCUACGUCCACAGCCAGGGAUUCGCACACCGUGACCUCAAGCCGGAGAACCUCCUCAUCGAUGAGAACCACAACCUCAAGCUCAUCGAUUUCGGGCUCUGCGCUCGUCCCAAGGGCGGGCUGGAUUGCCACCUGGAGACCUGUUGCGGCAGCCCGGCGUACGCUGCACCAGAGCUCAUCCAGGGAAAACCCUACUGUGGCUCGGAGGCGGACCUGUGGAGCAUGGGUGUUCUGCUCUACGCCCUCCUCUGUGGCUUCCUCCCGUUUGAUGAUGACAACGUGAUGGCAUUGUAUCGCAAGAUCCAGAGGGGGAAGUACGAGAUACCAAAGUGGCUGUCUCGCGAGAGCGUGACACUCCUCGACCAGCUCCUGCAGGUGGACCCGACGCGUCGCUUGGCCGUGAGACAUCUCCUAGGUCACCCUUGGCUGAUGAGUGGCUAUGGCUGUCCCGUAGAGUGGCACAGCAAGUUCCCGCUGCUUCACGUGGACGAGGACUGCGUGACGGAACUCGCCGUCUUCGGAAAGAAGUCCAAGCAGCGGACGGCAGAGCUGGUCUCGGAGUGGCGCUACGACGAGUUCACAGCCUGCUACCUGCUGCUGCUCGCCAAGAAGGCGCUGGGUCGCCCUGUGCGUCUGUUGCCCCCGGGUGUCACCGCCCCCCGCUCCUGCCCCCGCGUGCGCGUCGCCUCUACGCCACACGCACACGCCAACAAGUCAAGAAAGGCGCUGGCGUUCAUGGCACCACCUGGCGGAGGGGUCGAGGAGCGAGGAGACGAUGUGGAGCAGGAGGAUGAGGAGGAGGACGCGCCGUACGUGUUUGGCUCCAUGGACUUUGACGACACCGACUCUUACUUUGACGACUGCCCCUUCAGAAGGGAGAGGCAUUGCUCAGGCCGACCGCCGGCCAAGAAGCCCCGACCCAAAUCCGAGACGACGGAGUACGACGUGGCACAACCGCGACAGGCGCGAGCCACCGCCCCGGCAGCGGCGACGAGGCCUGGCGGCAAGGAGAACGUUCCCCACGGCCGCCCUCCCAAACCCAGCACCUCCUCCUCAUCGUCAUCCUCCUCUACGUCGUCUCUUUCCUCUGCAUCAUCGCCACUCAAACGCAAAACGCCCGGUGGGAAGGGGAAUGCCGCCACUCCGCACUCGACGCCGGCGCAGGCCAGGACGCCCAACACGCUCGUCGCCCUCACGCCGGGUUCCCCGACGUGCCGGACCGGUGCCGUAGCCGAGUCGGACUCGGAGAGGAAAGCGGUGGCGAGGACUCCGGCAUGGGUGAAGGAGGUGGUGGCGUCGUGGCAAGCACCGCAGGGACAGGGGGAUUCGUCUCCGCUUGUGUCCAGGCGUGGUGACCCCCAGUGUGAGCGGCUGCGCCUGGCCCCACAGUUGAGUCCAGAUCGCAACAGAUUCGGGUCUUCGGGGUCCGACACUGAACGUGGCUUUGCCGCCGCCGCCAACUGUGGAGGAGUCGUAGCGAGCGGCGGCGGUGCCGCCGGUGGCUCCAAGACGCGGCGCGGGGGGAAGGUGUUCGGGAGCCUGGAGCGCGGCAUCGACCGCGUGCUGGCGGCGCUGACACCCAGCAAGCGGCGCGGCUCGGCGCGGGACCUUCCCCGGCGCACGCGGUACCACUACAACGUGACUCCCACGGGGAGCCUCAGUGCCGAGCAGGUGCUCGCAGAGUUGGUGCGGGUCUUGCCGCAGAAGCACAUCGACUUCCAGCAGAAGGGGUACACCCUCAAGUGCCAGACGCAGUCGGACUUUGGCAAGAUCACGAUGCAGUUCGAGUUGGAGGUUUGCUCGCUGCUCAAGCCCGAGGGCGUGGGCAUCAGGCGGCAGAGGCUCAAGGGAGACGCGUGGGUCUACAAGCGGCUCGUGGAGGACGUCCUCGCCUCUGCCAAGCUGUCCUAGCUCGGCGUGUCGCCCCCUCUCGCCGCCGUGUAAUUCCUCUCAAACUUCCGUUUCCUCGCGUUCCUCCCAUUUCUACGCCAGUAACGCCCCUUACCAAACUCCUUUUCUCUUCUGCUCCCUCUAACCUUGAAAUACCACCGUCCCUCUCGCCCCUCUAUUGUACGUAUGUAUGUUGAACUUCUUCCGCACCGUAAGUAGCCGACCGUGCUAAUCGGAGGUGCUCCCUCUCCCAGUGUAACCCAAGAACUCCGCUCCCUUGCCCUUCUGUUUUUCCUUUUUAACGUUAUAACACGCGGGUUUUGAAACUAUAGCCUGCGACUUUGUCAUACGGUCUGCUGGGCCAGAUUGGGCCCACCACUGCAGAGCGCCCCACAAACAAUAACCAUUCGGGAAUGCGAGAAACUUAGCUGCACUAAUGUAUGUACGUUGAGCUUCUUUCGCACCGUAUGUAGUCAGCUCAUCGGAGGUGCGGGGGGAAGGGCAACAAACUAAACAAGAAGCAGUUCAAAAUAAAUACGUUUUCAAUCUAGAUGACUUAAAAGUGCAUGGCUCCAGCGCUUUCCUAAUAACGGAAGCAAGAGCGUUCCAGACGGCCGCAGAAGCGCAUCUGAAAGCGCGCGAUGCGGUGACCGUCUUUGGUUCGAUGGUUUAUGCUCCUUGGCUACAUCAGCAAGGUAUUAAAAAGUACUAAUCGGGUACUAGAGGGGAAAUAUUUUUGACCUGGCAACAACACUUUGUAAUCUUAGCUCAUCCAGUGAAUUCUGUCACUGCAAAAGUCUCUUUUUUCUCGGUCGGCACUCACGUCGCUAUUUUUCCCGUCUCUAUUGGACAACGCUGAUGUCUUGGCGUCAACGGGGUGUGGCUCGCAAUAGGGAUUGAAAGUCCCAUUGGGCCUCGGGAAGGGAAAUGUGGCCCCACCCCCUGUGGUAACGACGACCCCGAUCCUGUUCCCGCUCUGUCCCUCCGUGUCGUCGUGUAACACUACCGCUGCUGCCACUCACCUGUACGUCGGCUAAAUAGGGACACAUCCCUAUAAACACGUAGCCCGCCCGCGUGCGUGUGUGUGAGUGUGUGUGCUCGCAGCCUGCUGGAACUAAUCCACGUAUUUUUAAAGCUGCAAUUGUUUAAAGCUGCACGUGUUCAGCUAAAGCUUUGGUUGUGGUCGGUAAGGAAUGUCUGAUUUGUUGGUGCUGACUCUGCGUGUGCGUUACGGUGAGGUAUGAUUAACAAUGCAUGCUUCCUUUGCUUUGGCAAGGGUUUUAUAUUAUUAAGAAAACGAGUCAGUCGAAUUUAGCAAACGUCUGUGAGAUGGAUUUCGGUGAUCCUAAUGAGCUAAGGGUUCAGUGUCAUAUGAGACGAGGCAUCUGUAUUAGAUGAGACGAAGGUUCUUCAUUAAAUUAUGCUCGAGUUCUCUAUCGGACGAGACGAGGUGUCUGUAUUGAAUGGGCCAAAAGGCGUCCUCUGCUGGAUCUGAAAUAAUCCAAUUGACCACUUUUCAAGUAUCAAUGCAAUGUCACAUUUUCAGUCAAGUUAGAGGGUCUUGGGCUGUCUAGUGGCCUGGUCACAAUACAUUUACCAAGUUUUGCGUCUUAAUAUUUAAAAGGAGUACGGUUAAAUAAUAAUAAAUAUGCAUUGCCAGAAUUUGAGUCUAUAUAGCAUCGCAUUUUGUGCUGAACACGCUACGAAUGUAGACAGCACUUGGGGGACAAAAUAAAUAAGGAAAUAUACCGAAACACAACGCGCGGUGGGUAGAUUAAGCAGCAGUGUGACCGCCGAAUUGCAAUAGCGCAUAACGUAAAAGCGCGUCGCUUGUCUGUGCAAAUACUGCCCCUGGACCGUGCUUGCUUGGUUGUGGCGAUCGUUGUUGCGCUGACGUCGUUUGUUAGAGGCAUUUUCGCUCGUGGGACGAGGUGGGGUAAGAAGAUGGGAACAUUUUAAGCGUGGCAUUUUUGCAUGAAUUUCCAUUCGAAGCCAUACGUAAUUUUGCCCAUCUUACUGAAAAUAUAUUCUCGUCACGUUUUGUUCUCAGCACCAUUUGCCAUUUGUUUACACGGGCAAACGCGAACUGAGAUUUGCUCGCUCUGCUGACGAGAGCAAAAAAUUUCGAAACUGGCCCACAGUUUUUCUUGUUUUUACGCGGAGAGAGAUAAUGUCGUAAUUCUAUUCUCUAAGCAUAACACUCCCAUUUCAUCGCGGAGCCGAUCGCUGCUCAUGUUCUCAAUCUGUCCGCCACUGAAACUAAUUUUUGAUACCAAUCCGGCAGCAUUUGCCCCGAGGCUUCUCUGCUCUUGGAAUAUGAUUAAAUGUAUGAUGAAAUUCAUAGGAAUCUUGAGCCAUCCGAAAAAAAAGCCUUUAUUAUCACAUUUUUUCGCACAUUAUUAUUCAACCUAACUUGAUCGCUGCCUUGUUACUUGGUAAUGUGUACGUCUGGUGGGACGAUGGAUUGUUGGCAGGAGUUGGAGCAAGUUGUAAUGCAUGCUGGAAAGGGUGGAUUGUUGAAAACAGCUGUUGAGUGGGUUCGCGAACGAUGUCAUUCAGGAAAUCAGUAGGUUGCUUAAAUGGUUUGCUGAGUAAAUGUGGUGAAAGUGAAUGUGGCUUCCGUUGGGUUGAAAUCAAGGCUGGGUCUAAUCUGGAAUAGCGACCUGAAAAAAGAUGUCCACACCUUGCACACCGCAUCCAGGAUGCCUCUCUGGAUGACUACCCAUCUCGGCACGUGUCACCCUCCAGUCGACCAACGGCCGGGGACAUAUUCAGAGAAAUGAAUUCCUGCUGAGUUGGUAUUAAUUCUCGAUUUGAAGUUUUCGUGACUUGCAAGGAUCCAUACUUUUAGUUUUUUUCGGUAAAGUCACGUAGGUAUAAAAUAAAAUAAAUUUAAAUGAAAACAAUUAAAUUAAAAUGAAAACAACUAAAUUAAAUUUAGUUUUCAUUUUAUUUUUUACCUACGUGACUUUACCCAAAAAACCCAAAAAGUACGAGUUGCUAUUUUUGCGAUUGCUCUAUAUAACAACUCGCCUAUGUGUUUUCAGGUUGUGCCGUGCGUUGUACGGCACGAUGUCCGACGUUUCGCUCCACGUGCCAGGAGAGCUUCUUCGGGGAACUGGAUUUAACGUGCGGCUUGCCAGCACGUGGAGCUGAAACGUCGGACAUCGUGCCCAACAACACGCGGUACAAUGCGAGAGCACGCCGGACAGCUACUUGCCCACGAUAAAAAAAAAAUCAUAGCGUGCCACAAUGUUCGUAUCUGCCUCGCUUGCCGCACCAAAACGCCUGAAUGCGUGAUGAGGUUUUCCGCUUGUGCGAUGGCAUCAGCAGAGUGCUGGCUGCCUGAUGAAUGUGCAGGAUGCUCUGGCCCGUUUCUCUUGUUUUCCCCGCUUAUGUUUGGUUUAUUCUUUAAAGGUCAACGGUUCCAUUUCCCCCCUUUCUCACGAGUCGUUUAAUUUAGCCGACGAUUUUCACGCCGCAUUAUCCCUGUGUUGGUCUUACCUUAAUUGCGCCCGCGACUGUUUUGUCUUCUUGAGUGUUUUUUUAAAGUGUGAAUUAUUCAUUGCUACAUUCUAUGUGCGUGUUUGUGUGUGCGUGCGCGUGUGCUACUUAUUCAGACUGCCACGUACAGCUGUGAGAUGCUAGUGGGGGGGGGGGGGGGGGAGUCGUUGCAUCGUCUUUAGCGCACUGCUCAAGAAACCCGGCAACUCGAGUUCGAUCCCUGGCCAAGUGGUAUCUGAACCUGUCCUGGCCCUCUCUUAGGUUGACUCAACCUUAACAUGAGCACAGUAUGCCGUGUGAGCAUUAGCACUUGGUAAACAUAGGUGGUUGCGUGUAUUCUGCGCAAGGCCUUAAUGUGCUCAUUCACAGCACAUGCUUCUGCACCCUGUAUGACUAUGGCUAAUCAUUGGUAUUUGUGUAUGGCGACUGGUGUCACGGCAUACUUCACCGCAUUUGCCCAAGUGCAGGUUCGCGACGGGUUCGUCCGAGAACCAGCUGAGAUAUCCCUUGCCACCGAUGUUAGCCGUGCCAAAGGAGAUGCACCACAAACUGUCGCUGAUUAAAUAAAGACCAGUUUAAAUGCACAUUCAGGUCAGUACAAUGAAUACAAACGCCUUGUAAAUAUCCUGAGCCAUGCCGUGUCUAAUGCUGGAUGGAACCUCGGUGUAACACUACUGCAUGCGAUUGCCAGCAUACUUGAUAUGUGUCCCAAUACUUGGUCAUUACUGAACGGGUUGGCGUCUGUAUUUUAAUUGCUGUUGUGAUUUAAAUGUUUCAUUUGCACACACUGAAAAAAAUAAAUGAU